AGUGGCGCUGCCCGCCCCCGGCGCUAUCGGUUGGGGCGAGCCGAGAGUAAAUAGACGCCGGAGCCCAAGAUGGCGGAGCCGCCCAGCCCCGGUCGUGGCGCGGCGCCUCCCGAGCAGGAGCUGCUCGGCGCCAGGACGGCCCCGGACGCGAAAGGUUCUCGCGGAUCCCAGCCAGCCGCCAAGAAGGUGAAGGGAGCCGAGGAGCGGAGCCUGAAGGGCGCUAAGCGCGUCAACGGUGAAGGGGGCGGCGGUGGCGGGAGCUCCAAGCAGUCGCUGCCCGCGGUCGUGCCCAGCUACAGCGGCCCCGGGCCGUGGGGCUUCGCCACGCUGCCCUCGGGCCCCUCAGCGGGCGCGGGGGGCUUUGCGUUCUCUUCCCCGCUGUCCCGGAAGCUGCUGCCGCCCGCGGUGCUGCUGCCGCCGUCCGCCUCCCCCUCCUCGUCCCAGCCGCAGCACCAGCACCGCCACCACCGGCACCGCCUGGCGCUGGCGGCCGAGGCGGGAGGCGGCGGCAGCGCCAAGCCCAAGAGACCCAAGGAAAAGCGGGACAAGGAGAGGAGGAAGCACGGGGCGCUGCCCGUGGUGGCGGCGGCGGGAGAUGGCGGCGGGGCCCUGAAGCGGGAGGAGAACGGGGAGGUGAAGCUGCUGUUCCCGAAAGGUCAAAUCAAAGACAAAGUUAAAGAAAGGGAAAAGAAGCAAAAGGAAAAGAAGAAGCACAAAAUAAUGAAUGAAAUCAAGAAAGAAAAUGGAGAGAUCAAAUUACUGCAGAAAGGUGGGAAGGAGAAACCAAAAACUAAUGCAGAAGAGCUACAGAUUAAAAAAGUUAAGAAGAAAAAGAAAAAGAAACAUAAAGAGAAUGAGAAGAGGAAGCGUCCAAAAAUGUACAGCAAAUCCAUUCAGACCAUCUGCUCAGGACUGGUUUCUGAUAUUGAGGAUCAGGAAGCCAAAGGCAUCAUAGAUGAUCAUCUUAAGGAUUUCAAUGGGAAAAAUAUGGAUCCCAAGAAGGACUGUGAGUCCAAGAUACCAGAGAACAGUGAGUUUCCAUUUGUCUCGUUAAAGGAGCCACGGGUUCAAAAUAAACUCAAAAGGUUGGACACAUUGGAGUUCAAACAGCUGAUUCAUAUUGAGCACCAGCCUAACGGAGGUGCAUCAGUUAUCCAUGCCUACAGUAAUGAACUCUCCCACUUGUCUCCUGUGGAGAUGGAGAGAUUUGCAGAAGAGUUUGUGGGUCUGGUUUUUAGUGAAAAUGAAAACUGUGCAGCUUACUAUGUAAUGGGUAUUGUUCAUGGGGCAGCUACUUAUUUACCUGACUUUUUAGACUACUUUUCGUUUAAUUUUCCCAAUUCACCAGUGAAAAUGGAGAUUUUGGGAAAGAAAGAUAUAGAGACAACGACUAUGUCAAAUUUUCAUGCUCAGGUAAAAAGAACAUACUCUCAUGGUACGUAUAGAGCUGGCCCAAUGAGACAGAUCAGCCUGGUUGGAGCAGUUGAUGAGGAAGUGGGGGAUUACUUCCCUGAAUUCCUUGAUAUGUUGGAAGAAUCACCCUUCUUAAAAUGUACACUGCCAUGGGGAACACUUUCUAGUUUAAAAUUAGAGAGUCGUAAAGACAGUGAUGAUGGUCCCAUUAUGUGGGUACGUCCAGGAGAACAGAUGAUCCCUGUGGCUGACAUGCCAAAGUCACCUUUCAAAAGGAAGAGAACUACCAAUGAAAUAAAAAACUUGCAGUACCUACCUCGAACCAGUGAGCCCCGUGAAAUGCUAUUUGAGGACCGGACCCGAGCCCAUGCGGAUCACAUAGGACAAGGAUUUGAGCGACAGACCACAGCUGCUGUGGGAGUGCUGAAGGCUGUGCACUGUGGGGAGUGGUCUGAGCAGCCUCGUAUAACCAAAGAUGUAAUUUGUUUUCAUGCUGAGGACUUUUUGGAGGUAGUUCAGCGAAUGCAGUUAGAUUUGCAUGAGCCUCCACUCUCACAGUGUGUCCAGUGGGUUGAUGAUGCAAAACUUAAUCAGCUGCGAAGGGAAGGCAUUCGAUAUGCCAGAAUCCAGUUAUUCGAUAAUGACAUUUAUUUCAUCCCGAGGAAUGUUGUGCACCAGUUCAAAACAGUUUCUGCUGUGUGUAGUUUGGCUUGGCACAUCCGGCUCAAGCUCUAUCAUUCAGAGGAAGAACUCUCUCAAAACACAAGUACUGUUGAAGCAGGGUCUUCUGCAGACCCCGAGUCUUCGACUGUUGGACUUCAGACUGACAGAAUUUGUACCAUGAGCAAAGAUACCUCUGAAGACACCAAAUUUCCAGAUGCUCUGCAGACCAAGCAUCUGCAGCAGGAAUUUUUGCCGAUAAAACAUGAACCUCUUGCAUCUCUCAGAGAAAAAGAAGAGCCCAUGAAUGUUGACCUUGCUGAAAAGACAGUGGCACCUAAUGACGUCGGGGGACAGAAUGUUCAGGCUAGGCUGGAUCACGUUGAGUUGACAUCACUAAAGUUGGAAAUGGAUUCUAAAUUUGAACCCGGCAACAAGGACUUAAAAGGCAAGUUGUGCUCUGGAGGUCACGUACAUCCAGAUGAUACAAGACAACCUAGCUUAUCAUAUCCAAAAUUGCAUGGACAAAGAGAGGAUGACUUUUUGUGCUAAAUUUGUAUAUAUGGUUUUAAAUUCCUUUUUAAACUUAAUGAUGUAAUAAUGUAAAGAUCAUAAAUUGUGAGGCAAGUUUGUGACUUGUCUUCGCAUCUGUUACAGAAAAUAGUUAUGUAGCUUUGUAACAUUCCUCAGUGCCUGUCCAUAACUGUGAAGUAUCAAAGCACUUAGGGCCAGAUGCACUGUAAACACUGCAGGUUUAACAUAAAGAAGUCUUUAAAUAAUUUUGAGUUGUAGGUUUUUAGAGUAGAGCUGACAUUUAACAUAUAUAUUUUUUGUAAGAUGAGCCAGAAUUCUUUUUGACAAUUCCAGGCUUUUCCAUAGAGCUUAUUUAUACCAAUUUUUUCAUUUUAAAUGUGUCAGCACUGUAGUGUAAAUAUCUUUUUUAAGAAUCUUUUUAGUGUGAUUUAUACUGAAAUGUGAGCCGCUUAAUAAAGGUUCAUAAUAACAGAUUGGUUUUAUUUUUGGGUCUGCAAAAAAUAUUCAGUUCAACUGCCUCUCUUAGUGGUUAUGUUUCUACCUGCCACUAAUGCAUAGGAUGCCCUUACACCUUGAGGGUGAGGAGCUGUAGCAAACUGAGGUAGAGCUUGAGGCAUCUUGGUAAAUGCAGGUUAGUCAGAAGGCAGAAUCAGUCAGUCCUCCCUUCACAUGAUUCUUUACAGGUGCUUGUUCCAGGCACUCCCCAAACUCCUGCUGUCAGAUACUCAUUGGAACAGGGAGACAAAUGGUCUGUUUGGAGGGCAGUUGGACACACAGUGGGCUCCAGGAGCACUACCUGUACCUGCCUGCAUCUCUCUAGAUGAGCUGGUCCAAAGGAGCAAACUCCCUCCUGGGCUUUGCCCUGCUCAGGGCACAGUUCAGACAGUUCCAUUUCACAAAACAAAACCCCACCCAACCAAAACCAACAAAAUCACAAAAUAAGCCAAAAAAGCAACCACUCCCUCAAUUCUCUUAUCUGACUGCAAUUAAAAGAUAUAUAAGGGGUUACUUACCAAGCUAAAAAGGCCUCAGCUUUGACAGUGACCUGUAAUUCACAGAGACAUACCUGGAUUUGAAUUGCUCCCUGUGCUGAUAGUGCCAGGCAGUAAAGAGGCUUGCCAAUAUGUGUAAUGGGAAGGUUCCACAUGAGUCACAGUUUGGAAGCAAGAGGUGUUUCAUUAAGAAAAUAACAGCAGUGUCCAAGUUCACUGUUCUCUUUCCCCAUCUAUGGAACACUUGGAUUUUUUUAAGUUCUGUUCUGAGGGAAAGAGAAUUUCAAGGCUAGCUAGCAUCUGAUCUGGUAACUCUGUCAUUUAACUUAUUUGUUCUCUGUGUAGUGUACUCCUGUGUAAUUCAGACACAGCUGAAUGAUACAUCUCCCUUGGGUAGCUGCACACAGCAGACAACUGCCCUAUAGCCUGUCCUUCAGCUAAAUAUGUAAAACUUCAGAUCCAAGGCCUAUAUUUUCAAAGCCCUCUGUAUCUCUGAUUUUUGUUGGAAUUUUUCUGUAUAACGUAUUUGAAAGUUGUACAUCUUUAAGUACCCAGUUUUUAAACUUUGAUGCGCUUAGUGGUCACUUUGGCUUCAUUUGUAGCAAUAGAACGUGAUUUUCAGGCGAUGUCCAGUUCAACUACCUGAGGUCUUUCGGUUGUAAAUGUUCUUUUCCUUAUAGGUUGUUAAAAUUUAAAGUGUUGCUGCAUAGUCACAGGUGGCACUAAAAUCAGCUAUUUAUUAGGUGAGUGUCCUGAUUGGUUUAAUCCAAAAUAGGUCUGUCAAGGAAUCAUUAAUUAAAUCAAUAUUUGAAUUGCUAAACAUUACUCCUUCAGAGCCAUAAUUAUGUAUUAGAGAAGCAAUAGAAAUGUGAGUCUCUUGGAUGUGGCUAAUACAUCCUUAAGUCUUACUACUGUUUUCUUUAAUGCUGGCUAAGAGAUUACUACCAGUUUUUCAGCCUCAGGGAUCUUGCUUUCCCCUUUGCCAUGAGCAAAUAAUUAAUGUGUGAUGUGGUAAAUUAUUGCUCUAGUAGAUUCUGACCUGAAAAAAUUAAUUUGUUCAUGUAAUAAUUUGAGCCUUCCUUAUAGCAGGAAUGUGGUCUCGGCUCCCUUUAUUGUUUUCUGGAUUUUCUGGAAAUAAUGCUUCCACCUAUAAUCUCUGGCUUCAUGAACAUCCAUAUGUAGUGACUUGGCCUUCCAUUCCUGUUCUCUGUGCUGCCCAUGGGAGAACAGCAGCAGAGUAGAGCUGCACGUUGUAGUUUGCACCAAGCAUGCAGCUUUCCAGAUGGGAUAGAUGAGGGCUCCAGCUUUAGCAAAACCAAUGUUGCCAGAUGACUGCUUUUUAAAAUAAAACCCACACAAAACAAACCCCUAAAACUAUUUAUUUGACUCAGAAUAACAGUCUUACCAAUGGUGCUGGUCAUGCAUAUGCUGACCAUUCAUUCAGGUUCAAAGAAUUUUUGGUAACUUGUCAGAUUUUAGUGAAGUGUGGACAUACAGCCCACAGGACAGCUGCCAGCUUUCUGCAGCAUAGGCUCUGUCCAGACAGAAAUAAUAAAUCUUUGAAAAUGAUUAGCAAAUACAACUUUACACUUACGAGUAGAACUUUGUUUCCAUUUGGAGACCUGCCCAGUGUGGCUGAUGUGAUCUUGAACUUCUGCUUAGGUGUCUUAGUCCUGAGAUUUUGAUUCUGAAGUGCUCACAUGUUCAACCCAUUUUUUUUCUUACCACUUUCAGAAUUUUGAGAUUUUUUUUUAAAGUGACAGGGUUUUUUUUCAGUUUCCAUGUAUUCUUUUAGUUUUUUGAGACAGACUAGAUUCUCAGUUUAGGCAGAAUUCCUCACAGACAGAAUUAAAUAAAUUAAAUAUUGGGUUUAUCAAUGGCUACCAGACCUCCCUUUGCAUUUACAUCAGCAGUCUGGGCUGACUGGUUGACUUCUUACUUGCUUUUUAAAAAAAUGGUGUCCUCUCCCCAUGGUAUGUUCCUUUUAAUGAGGUUGUCAUUUGAGAGAGGAGUACAUUUUCUGAGAAUUUCACCUCCCAAACUGUUCAUUAAUCUGACAAAGGCCUUGCUUCAGUCCUGUGCUAUAGUCUUUACUCCUGCUGCAUACAAUUUCAUCUUCAUAUUUUUGCUUCAGCAAUAAAUCUUUCAUGUGUUCUGCUGUACUGAAAUGAGUCCUUGCUUAUUGGUUUUCCCCCUUCUCUGGAUUUUGGUGAUAUAUAAAUCUUUGUUAUUUUGGCUGAAAUCUCCAGUGUUUUAGUUGUCUCUCUUGGCCCUUGUUCUUGUGCAGAUUGGAAAGAGCUGCCUGAGGACAUCGGGGCUGUUCCUAUCUCCCUGCACGUGCAGUGGUGUUCCAGUUAAUAACAUGAUGUGCAGAAAAUUAGAUGUUUUCCUUGAUCCUGGUACAUAUUUUUGGGUAGCAAAGAAUUGCAUUGUUACAGUUGCUAAAAGAGCUUUCAAAGGGGGUAGCUACCUUUUUUCUUUUAAUAUUACUGGAUAUUUUGCAUUUCACUGGCGACUGACUUGAUGUGUUACAUACAAGUGUUACUCAGUGUUGUGUCACCCCCAGCCCUCCAAAUGCCUGAAAAUUAACUCUGAAAGAACAUUUUCAUUACAGGUACUGCUGGCAUGCAGAUUUUCCCUUCCUUGUUACUAUAGCGAAUAUUUCAAUACUACUUUAAGUGAAAUAUUAAUUCUAUCUAGUAUUAGAAAUAAAGUAUUAUUUUAGAGGGUGAUUUAAUUAUUCAUCUGUGAAAGAAUUCCUUGGUGAUAAAUAAAGUUGAUUUUUAAGUGGAUAUACAUGUGCACAGUAAAUAAGUUGGGAUUUCAAAAGAUGUAGGAAAUGGAAAUCUGAAAUAGUGGAAUGCUGUGAAAGAGAUCUGAAAUUACAGAUUUGGAAAAUUGAGUAAGUCUUCCAAGAAACACAAGACUGGUAUUUAUUUGUCAAAAUGACUGUUUUCUAAUAUCUGCAUGUGAAUAAGAUGCUGAAUUGACCAAAAUAAAUCCAUGAUUUUUCCUUGUUCAUUUAAUGAAGUCAAAAUGAACUGUUGUGAGAAAUACACUGCCAUAUGACUCUGCUAGGCUGAAAACUGUACUGAUUGUGAUCAAGAGAUCAAGGAACUCCUCAAGCUUCUCAAUGUCAUUUUAUUUAUUUUCCUGUAGUGUUUAGGUGGGAGAGCCUUGUGUUUAGGCAGUGCAGCGCCUGUACCUUACCAGGAUGUAUCCAAGCUAGAAAUGGAAAGGACAAAUUUUCACUGCUUUGUGCUUUGCUGUGAAUGACUGUCAAGAAUGUUUGAUUUGAUUGAGUCACUGUGUUCAGCUGAUUUUAUUACUUUCUUAAACAGAUGAAAUGCACUUUAAAAUUGUAUAGAAGUUACUGAUAUUUUGUGCAGAUCCCACUGAAUUUGCAGCAUAUGUGGGAAUAUUUGGGGAACUGAUUCCCAUCAGUCACUCAUUUCAUUUUUCUUAAAAAUGCAAGUUAUUUUAUGUUCUGUUCAGAAGCAGUGAUUAAUUUCACAAUAUUUAGGUUGCUGUUUCUGUUAGAAUCAUCAGGGAUACUGCCAUUUCAAAUUUAGUGUAUUAUAUUCUAACCACUGUUUUUCUCUGUGCUUUGAUGCUGAUAUGAUCUCUGCUUUGAAGCCGUGCUGUACUUGAGUGUCAGCUAAACAUUGAUCUUCCCUUGUUCUGGUCAUGCUGAUAGAUGAGCCUACUGAUGAGGGCGUUAGUCCUAAAUAGUCCUUUAAUAUUUGGUGUACAGUUAUCUGAUACAAACAUUGAUUAAAACAGCAGUUUAAACUUC